UUCGUCAUCGGCGCUCAGUGAUGGAUCAGAUCAGCGCAGCGGCCGUCGCUUAUAAUCAGGAUUUAACACACAAGACCAUCCUGGUGGGAGACAGCGGAGUGGGAAAGACGUCUCUACUGGUUCAGUUUGAUCAAGGGAAGUUUAUCCCUGGAUCGUUUUCUGCAACGGUGGGAAUCGGAUUUACGAAUAAAGUGCUCACUGUGGAUGAGCUGAAGGUGAGAUUACAGAUCUGGGAUACGGCGGGACAGGAGAGGUUUCGGAGCGUCACACAUGCGUAUUACAGAGACGCUCAGGCUCUUCUCCUGCUCUAUGACAUCACCAGCAAAUCCUCCUUCGACAACACAAGGGCGUGGCUUACUGAGAUCCAUGAAUAUGCUCAGGAUGAUGUGGUCAUCAUGUUGCUUGGCAACAAGUCAGAUAUGACCAGCGCUCGAGCGAUCAGACGAGACGAGGGAGAGAAACUCGCCAGAGAAUACGGAGUCAUUUUCCUGGAGACCAGUGCCAAAACCGGACUCAACGUCGACGAGGCCUUUAUGACGGUGGGAAAGGAGCUGGUGAGACGCUCGGUCCAGUUUCCCGUCGAGCCCAGACUUCACCUUCAUGACGUGAUGCAGCCGGAGAAAGAGCCACCCGGCUGCUGCGGCUUCAGCAGAAACUAGAGAACCAGAAACAGACGACACAAAGAGAAGAACAGGACACUGCAGCAGUCAGUCAUUCCUGUCACAACCAGCAGAUGGUGCACCUGAUGUCUUCUAGUCAUGUUGUGUUUGGCAAAGAUUGUGUCACAAAACCAUCACAAUCACACUGAAGCACUGCAUUGCAGCUUGAUUUGUUUUUAAGACGGAAACCAGUAGAAAACCAGCUGCAGUAACUCCGAAUAAUGCCUCCUUUCCUAUUUUAUAGUCUGCCAAAAGUAUUAUUUGUGACCCUGGAGCACAAAACCAGU